UUUUUAAAGCAAUUUUCUAACGAAGAGCAAAAUGAGCAACUCGGACGAACAGAUUUUGCAGUUCUAUGUGGAGCAUUUCGAAAAGGCAUUAGAAAAGACACAAAAUGUACUCCUGGAGUUUGCAGAGAGCCCCCUAAAUCACUUGAAGCCAACAAAACGAGCUACAGAUGCGCAGGCUUUUCAGUUCAACUCCACGUGUCCUGGAGUGGAAAAUCUGAACAAACUGGAACGAGAAGCCCUAUUUCAGCAGAGCUCCUUUGUAAACUUAUGGCUAAACUUGGCCUAUACUUGCUCGAAAUCUAGCUUAAGCUUUUGGGAUAGUAGAGAUCAAGGAAGCGAGGGAGGAAAAUUGGAAGUAUUCAUGCCAAGACUCCACGACUCACUCACCACCGAGUUCCACAGAAUUCACUUGGACCCACAAGAGUUUGCGACAAUUUGUGCAAUUACAACGUGGAAGAUACAUCAAUGGGGUACUGUAGAAGCGAAUACUGUAGCCGGGCAGCACUAUUUGGCGGUUAUCAAGGAGCUUAACAAUCAUCACAAGAAAACCACGACAAUGCGAGAUUUCGAGAGAGCUUUGAGAAUAACAGAAAUCAUAUCAUUACUGGUGCCGAUUGGGCGAAUGCUCCAGGAAGUGAAAACCCUCUAUGAAACACUGGGAAUUAAGGAUGACGGCAGGGAAUAAUUUUUGGCAAUUUUUAUUGAAUUUUUUAAACUCUAAUAUAAAUAAUAUUUUUUUCUUCAUACAAAUCUUAAUUUAUAAUUUUCAAAAAAAAUUUUUCGGCUUCUGCUAUUAACUUCCUCAUAAACAACAUAUGUGAACCAUUUUUUCAUUUCUUUCGAAAAAAGAGCACUUAUGACU